AUGUUUGGUGAUACUAACGAGAAUUCAAAUAGAAGCUCUACUGCAGAUCAGACAAUACAAACAGGAGAUCCUGAAGGAUUGAUUGACAUAACUUCUCCCGUUCUGGGCAUUGAUGAAACCAGCGACACGCUGAAUUACAUUACUAAUUCUUCAAUUGACCGUCGGACCAAUAAUGACUAUGUGAAUUUGUUAGAUGAUUAUGAAGAAGAUAUUGAAAAUUUGGACCAGGAAUAUAAGAGCGAUGUAGCAGAGGAGAAUACAGGUGUACGUGAGCAAGAUGAUGUUGAUGAAAGUGGCGAAAUUUCUCUUCUGAGUGGACCUCAACAGAAAGACUACAAAAUAACUAAUGUAUUAGUGGGAACCAAUGUUGAGAGAUUAGACGACGAGAAUCAGGGUGAAUCCAGUGAAGUGAAUGCUAUCAAUGACGAAGGAAACGAUACAAGUGGUCAAGACGAAAAUCAAGAGAAGGAAGAAGAAGAAGAAGAGGAGGAGGAGGAGGAGAAGACGGAAGAGGAAGUAGAGGGUAAAAGUGAAGGAUCUAACAAGAAAGCGGAAGUUGUGGUAAAUGAGGUUGCAUUAUCUGCUGAACUGGAUGAUGAGUCUGGCACAUCAACAAAUGGGGAUCAUACCAAAGAAAUUAUCUCAAUAAAAAGUGAAAGUCCACUGGAAGAAACUUCACCUACCCAGACAGAACAAUCUAACAAACCAAACUUCGAACAUAUCCCAGUGGUGUUGAAUCUUUCAGACACUGAAUUUUUAUUAUUUCCUAUAAAUCAAGAGAAAUGUAAAAUUGAUUGCUCACAUUUAGUUGCCUUGUAUGACAGCGCCCAAAUACAGCAGUUAUCAAUUGAAUUAUUUUUCCAAUUUUUAAGAAGUAAUGAAGAUUUAAGUGAGAUAUUCAAAUUGACUAAUGCUGACGAAAUUUUACUUGAGAUUCCCGAAUUAGAGAAGUUGGAAAUUUCUGAAGAUAAUGUUUAUUGUAAGGAUAUAACCAUUCGUGAUUUCAUUGAGAUAUUCGUACGAUUAUGCGAAGGAACCGAAGAUCAAAAUAAGAUCCCUAAAUCUCUUAAUUUUAAUUUACGCACCAAAACAAGAUUUAUCAGUAAAUUUAAUCAUUUGGUUGAAGUUGCCGGAGAAAGUGGGGGGUUUGAAUCAAUAAAGAAGCGAAAACUGGAUGAUACAGAAGAACAAGAAAACAAAAGAAGUAAAUUGUCGAUAUAG